UUGAUUUAGUUUGUGUUUUACUUGUGUUCGCUAAAAAUGAAUCUAAAUCUGUUCUUUUAGAAGCUGUAGGCACAGUGAAGAUGAAGUUUGAGGAUAUCCUGGAGGAAAUCAACGGUUUUGGGCCUUUCCAAAUUCUCAUCAUCAUCCUGCUGUGCAUCCCUCGAAUAGUUCUGCCCUGUCACUUCCUACUGAAUAACUUCAUCGCUGCAUUUCCUCCUCACCACUGUGACAUCAGCACCCUGGGUGAAGGAGGUCUCUUAAAAAAUUUAACUCACGAGCAGAGACUGACCGUCAGCAUUCCUGUACGAGAGGAUGGGGUCCCAAAAUCCUGCGAGAUGUUUGCAGAGCCUCAGUUUCAGCUCUUAGCCAACGGCUCCAUCAGCGCUGACCUGCCAACUGUUCAGUGUCAGAGUGGAUGGGUUUAUGACAACUCCACCUUCACCUCCACUCUGGCAACAGAGUGGGACCUUGUCUGUGAUAGAAAAAGCCUGACCAAAACAACAGGCACAAUCUUCUUUGUUGGAGUGAUGAUGGGGGGCAUUGCUUUUGGAUUCCUCAGUGAUAAGUACGGGAGGAGAAACUCUCUGCUGGCCUCGUACAUCAUGUCCGCCGUGUUUGGCUUCUCCAGUGCAUUUGCAAACUCCUAUGUUUUGUUUGCAGUGCUGAGAUUUCUCACUGGGGUUGGACUGACAGGAAUCAGCAUCAUCUCAAUAGUUCUCAGCAUUGAGUGGGUUGACACAGGUCACAGGUCAUUUAUUGGUGUGAUUGGCAGCCUGGCUUGGUCUGCCGGGAACAUGCUGCUGGCUGGGUUUGCCUUCCUGGUGAAUGACUGGCGGACACUGAUGAUGACUGUCACAGCUCCACUGGGCGUUGCAGUUCUGACCUGGUGGUGGAUUCCUGAGUCUGCCCGCUGGCUUUUAGUCAACAGUAAAGCGGAAAGGGCUCACUUUUACCUUGACAAAUGCGCCAAGUUCAACAAAAGACAAAAACUGUCAUCCCAAUUUAAACAAGAGACACUGUCUGAAAUCCUGGAAAAGCAGGACACAAACUACACGUACCUUCACCUAAUCAAGACCCCAAAGAUGAGACGGUUAACUCUACUGACUGGGAUUGUGUGGUACGGAGUUUCCUCAGCGUAUUAUGGAAUCAGCUUGAACAUCAGUGGAUUUGGUUUAAAUAUGCACCUCACACACUUCAUCUACGCUGCCAUUGAAGUCCCCGCCAAGCUGAUGAUCUAUUGCUUUCUCAACAUCAUUGGACGAAGGAAGUGCCAAGCCGGCACGCUGUUACUGACUGGCAUCUGCAUCGCCAUAAACAUCUUUUUACCACAAGGUCUGUGGCACAUGCGUGCUGUUGUUGCCAUUCUUGGAAAAGGCCUAUCAGAAGCUUCCUUCACUGCUGUCUUCCUAUACACAACAGAACUUUACCCCACAGUUGUCAGACAAAAUAGUUUGGGCUACACCACCUUCAUGAGUCGUCUGGGAGCAUCAGUGGCUCCCCUUAUCCUGCUGCUGGAGGACGUGUGGACUCCUCUUCCUCAGGUCAUCAUCUGCUCUUUGGCCAUCAUUUCUGGCCUGACGGUUUUGCUUCUACCAGAGACACUAAAUGUGAGGCUGCCUGAGACAAUAGACGACAUUGAAAAGCCAAGGUUAGUAAAUUAAUACAUGAAAGCUCCAAUGUGUAAAAUUCAAAAAAUGGAUUUGGUACCAUCUAGUGUUAAUAUUGAGAAUGUCACUGAGACGCAGCAAUGAAUGCUGACUGAUAUUUUGCUUUGGACUGAAAAACUGAAAAAUAUGUCUCAUCCAGACUUCUUCU